AUGGCCGCUGGCGCUGCCGCCACCGCCUUGGCUUUCUUGAACCCGGAGAGCCGGGCCCGGGCCGGACCCGUCGGGGGCCUGCGAUUCCCGGCGCCCGUCACGAUGGACAGUUUCUUCUUCGGCUGUGAGCUCUCCGGCCACACCCGCUCUUUCACAUUCAAGGUAGAGGAGGAGGAUGAUGCUGAGCACAUGCUGGCUUUGACCAUGCUCUGCCUCACAGAGGGGGCCAAAGAUGAAUGUAAUGUUGUGGAAAUUGUGGCCCGGAACCACGACCAUCAGGAGAUUGCAGUCCCCGUGGCCAACCUCAAGUUGUCCUGCCAGCCCAUGCUCAGUUUGGACGAUUUCCAGCUCCAGCCACCUGUGACCUUCCGUCUGCAGUCAGGCUCUGGCCCAGUUAGGAUCACUGGACGACACCAGAUCGUCACUAUAAGCAAUGAUGUUUCUGAAGAAGAAGAGAGUGAGGAGGAGAGUGAAGAUGAGGUUGAGUUGUGCUCCAUCAUGCCUGCCAAGAAGCAGGGGGGCAGGCCCUAGCCCACCUUGGUGAGUGGCGAGAGCUGCCCAGUCAGGGUAGAAGGAGCAAGUGAAGCCAGAUGCUGACCCCUCCUUCACUCUCCACAGGUCAACCAACUGCCUGCCGCGUGUGCCAUACACCAUGUUCCUGUUCAAAUUUGAGAGUCUUAAAUGUGUCUUCUCCUUUGAAGAAGAAGCUAGGAAGGUUCUGGGCUGGUCCUGGGGAAGAAGACCUCUUCCCCACAGGGUUUUGUCUUUGUAAUAAGCCUGUACCAAAUUUGUCAGGAUUUCCUUUUUCUCCGGGGUUGGGAAGAGUUCUGAAUUUUACCCUAAAGCUUUCUCUACUUCCUCGUAGUCCUAGCUCAGGACGACACAUUUGUAAUACUUUUUACAUUUUUUCAACAAAGGUUAAAAUAAAAGUAGCUUGGAGUUUUUUGCAAUGAA